AUGUCCUCAGUACUACCUAACCUCCUCCGCUCCCGCACGUCAUGGACCAGCGCAGGGCGCAUCCCUAAUUCAUCAUCCUUUUGCGCCAGAUAUUUCCACCUAACUAGACCGGUUCAUGAUUUCCACUUCGAUACCCACCACUUCGUUCAGCGGCUGGAGCGAGAAGGGUUGAACCGAGCUCAGGCUGAAGGUAUUAUGUCUGCCAUGGCCGAGGUCAUCGACGAAAGCAUACGUAACAUGACGAACAAUAUGGUAACAAAGGCCGAGCAGGAAAAGCAUCAAUAUACCCAGCAAGUUGACUUUCAGCAGAUGAAAAAUGAGCUUCAGCUAAUGGAGAAGAACGAUCUCGCGAUGAUCAAAGCAGAGAACGAUCGCCUCAUGGCGGAUAUUGAGAAGCUGAAGCAACGUCUGCGGGAGGAGAUUACACGUACGCAGGCGGGCGUGCGCCUGGACCUUAACCUGGAGAAAGGCCGCCUACGCGAAGAGAGCGGAAAGCAGGAGCUCAAGAUUAAGGAGGUGGACACUCGCAUUGAACAGGAGAUCAACAACCUGCGGACCGCGAUACAACAAUCCAAGGCAACGACACUGCAGUACCUAGUCGGAUUUGUGACCGGUUGCUCUGCACUGCUCAUGGCCUACCUUCGCUUCAGAGUUUAGACACAGAAAGACUCCUCCUCCUCUCGGACUGCGGUUCGAUGCUCGCGUAGAUAUUGGCCCAUUUGUUUAAUUUGGCCCUGGCAGUUUGGAGAGGGAGGCUGCCAAAUACCGCUAGUCUAUGUUAUAAUCGGAGGUACGGCCCUUGUAGCUAUAUAUAAUAUUUCUCUAGAUUUUCCCUCGGCCUCGAAGGUUUCCACGUGCUUAUCGGACACACGUGUUGGGUAUGAACUCGAGUUAAAGGUCGGACCUGGUCUAGCUGUCUAAGUGCGGAAGCGCGUCUCCUUUGAAGGGUUCGCCGAGAGCAAGCUGCUUAAAUUUCACGUAGGCCUGGUCGAGGUCAUCGUUCACUAUGACAUAGUCGUACGCGCCUGGCUCCUGGGCAUAACGAAGUUCUUCGAGAGAAGCUGCAGUCCGCUUCUGAAUCGAUUCUUCGGUAUCGGUCGCGCGGCCGCGGAGACGUUCUAUGAGAGCAGACCUGGACGGUGGCGAGAUGAAGACAUAGACGGGGGAAAGAUCGGUCUUUUUAACGGAUCGCACGCCCUGAGCAUCGAUAUCGAGCACGCAACGUCUGCCGGUAGCGCCCACGUCGCGGACGGUCUGUAUGCUGGUGCCGUAAUAGUUUCCAGAAAACUGCGCCCACUCGAUGAAGGCGUUACGUUUGAUGAGAUCCUCAAACUUGUCUUUGGUGACAAAGUGGUAUUCUCUUCCGUCCGUCUCGCCGGGGCGAGGAGCACGGGUUGUGUCUUAGGCGCGUAUAUCUGUGUCAAAGGGAGAGAAUGCGGUCACAAAGCGUGGAGGGCCGUACGAGAGACACUGAAGCCAAACUUGUCGGGGAAGUCUGCGAAGAGACGCUUGAGCAGCGUUCCCUUGCCUACCCCUGAUGGACCUGAGAGGACAAGGGGUCUGAGGGUAUUUAGUGACAUUGUUUCGCGGCCGAGGACCAAGUAGGCUACUGUCGUUUGUACGUGAGCGUUCU